GUUUUCAGGAUUUCUAGUGUUGUCUGUCUCCUGUUUGGAUUAUUAUCAUUGUGUCAAUUUGGUUUAGCAAAUAUGUCGUGGAUUCCUUUGACAUAUCACUGUAUAUGUUACAGGUACUCAGAAAAGUCUUAAAAGAUGGCGAGGCUGUCUUGGCAAGCCGUGGCGGUUGUGGGGGUGCUGUUGGUAGUAGUCCUGUCGUUUGCAGAUGGGUACCCAGAAGCAGAUUUUGUUGUGAAGCUGCCAGGGCAACCAACGGUAACGUUCAGACAGUACGCUGGGUAUGUUGAUAUCGACAAGGUUGUUGGGCGGAGUCUUUUUUACUACUUUGUGGAGGCUGAGAAACGUCCCGACACAAAACCGUUAACAUUGUGGCUCAAUGGAGGUCCAGGUUGUUCUUCUGUUGGUGGAGGAGCUUUCACUGAGCUAGGUCCAUUUUACCCCACAGGCGAUGGUCGUGGCCUCCGCAUUAACUCCAUGUCUUGGAACAAAGCCUCGAACCUGCUAUUUGUGGAUUCGCCGGCUGGCGUAGGAUGGUCUUACUCCAACCAAAGCUCUGAUUACAACACCGGGGACGAGUCUGCUGCCAACGAUAUGCUUGUGUUCUUGUUGAGAUGGUUCGAUAAGUUCCCGGAGUUGAAGUCUCGCGACCUCUUUCUCACUGGCGAAAGCUAUGCUGGACAUUACGUACCUCAACUCGCUGAUGCGAUUCUCAACUACAAUUCACGCUCGAGCGGGUUCAAAUUCAACAUCAAAGGCAUUGCGAUUGGGAAUCCACUUCUUAAGCUUGACAGGGACAUUCCAGCUGUAUACGAGUUCUUCUGGUCGCAUGGCAUGAUCUCUGAUACAGUGGGACGCACAAUCAGGAGUCAAUGUGACUUCUCACAUUACACAUAUGCGUUCCCACAUAACGUAAGCGAUGCUUGCAACGACGCUACCACUGAAGCCGGAAUCAUCAUUACCGAAUAUGUCAACAACUUUGAUGUUCUCCUUGACAUUUGCUACCCGUCAAUUGUCCUGAAAGAACUAAGGCUUAAGCAAAUGGCCACAAAGAUGAGCAUGGGAGUGGAUGUCUGUUUGACCUACGAAAGACAGUUCUUUUUCAAUCUCCCAGAGGUACAGAUGGCGCUUCACGCAAACCGCACUCAUCUGCCAUAUUCAUGGUCUCUGUGCAGCAACCUGUUAAACUACUCUGGCAUCGAUGUAAACACCAACAUGCUUCCGACUCUGAAGAGAAUUAUACAGAACAAAAUUCCUGUUUGGAUCUUCAGUGGAGAUCAAGAUUCUGUAGUUCCAUUUCUUGGAACAAGAACUGUCGUACAAGAACUUGCCGACGAUCUCAAUUUCACGACGACAGUUCCAUAUGGAGUGUGGUUCCAUAAAAGACAGGUUGGAGGCUGGGCCAUCGAGUAUGGAAACCUACUCACGUUUGCAACAGUGAGAGGAGCGGCUCAUGCGGUGGCGUACAAGCAGCCCUCUCGCGCUCUGCAUCUGUUCAGCACCUUUGUGCGUGGACAGAGAUUGCCUAACAAGACCGAUAUAGGUUUUCAUGAUUGAGGAAGAGAAGCAACCUCAUUAUGAGAGUAUAUAUCCUUAGAUGAGUAGAGAUAAGAAAAUAUAAGGGUUUAUGUUGUGCCCUGCUUGUGUCUAGGUGAUGAGACAUAUUUUCAGACGAUUAUUUGUAAUAAAACACUUCUCUUGAU